GAAGCCUUCCACUGGAAAAGAUAAGGAGGUCCACCUGGCAGCGUCUGCUCUACACAUCCACAACGGCCAUGGCCUUCGUCGCCAUCCACGCCCGCCUCCUCGUCUUCCGCCCUCCCCUCGCCGCCGCCGCCUCCGCCUCCUCGUCUCUCCACUCGGCUCCUUUCCCCGCCGGUCUACCGCGCCUCAGUACAGCAGCCGGAAAUCGCUGCAGCCUACGGCACCGGCGCCGGCCUGGUCGCGCUCGCGCGGCCGCCAUCACGGCGUCGCUCGACCUCACCGAGGACAACGUCCGGCAGGCCAUCGUCGACGCCAAAGCCGAGCUGGCCCAGCUGUUCGACACGUCGGUGGGCAUAACAGGGCAAGUUGAUCUGGCGGAGCUGGACGGGCCGUUCGUGAAGCUCCGCCUCAAGGGAAAAUUCUGGCACACCCGCGCCACCGUCGUCGCGCGGAUCGGCAACUACCUCAAGAACCGUAUACCGGAAAUCUUGGAGGUGGAGAUAGAAGAUGAGAACCAGCUUGACGAUAGCCCCGCGGCUUACUGAGAACGUUGUUGGCAUUGGCAUAUUUGUGUGCUAGCAGCGGGGAACUAGCUUAUUUGAAUUUGAUCCAGAGAAUUCGGCUCCCAAGGAGAAGAUGUUGCUAUCAAAUACAGGGAGAAGAAAGUUCAGAAGAGCAUGUGCAAACUUCAGCUCCGCAACGCAUGGACGCAGAAAAUCAGGAGGCUGAUUAUAGCAGAUAGAUCCAUCAUCCAUGCACGCCAAACUGCAGAAAUCCAUCCAACUGAAACAGAGAUAGCUGAAGAAACCGACAGAACACAACUGCGCCAAACGAAACCCCUGGCCAGAAUGCCAGAUCUCCUGAGCAAUCUGAGACCUCAAAACUUCCAUGAGAAGAAGGAAAUAAUCUCGCAGGACGCCUAAUAAUGCUCCAGUCUGGAAUAAACCGUGAGCAAAAACCUCCAACUGUUGAGUGUCAGGAUAACAUGUGACGAACUCUGAGUCUCUGACAGACAGAUGCUGAACAAGUAACAAGUGCUCAACGGCUCAGGCAGUCAGGUCAAGUCCCUUCCUUGCAGUUGCAGAUUCCGCCGCUGGAUCCAUCCAGUGCUGUGCUGGGUCCAAAGUCCGAACUGCUAUGAUCGCUUCCUGGGAUGAGGAUCAGACCAGAGAGAUGGACCAGAAGAUCAUCCCAUUGUGCACUGGGCUGCCAGUAGUACGCUGGGGAACAUGCAAGUCGCUUUUGCCCAGGCUAGCCACUGUGUCGUGUGGUCCUGUCAACGGCCACUAGCCCCCAGAGAUACCGGCUCCACCCCAAGCCAACACCACGAUGCGUGAAUCAACCAUCAAUUUGGUUGUCCAAACUUAUAUGUAUAGCUGCAACUUUUGUGACCGUGAGGUACAUUUGAUCCUCUUUAGUUCAACCAAAUGAAUUAAAGUUUUAAAAUGACAUAACUUUUAAAAAAA